GCCUGCUCGUGUGUCAGAUGGUGGAUGUCAUCAACGUCACGGACGGCCUUUGGGACUAUCUGUUCCAAAACUACCAGCACAGGUGGCCCUUCGGAGCUUCUUCGUUUCCACUAGAAGGGGAAAUGUUCGCAAAGUACUCUGCUCCGACGUAUAAUAAGACAAAAUGCGGCUUCGAUCUGACAUUACUGUCUUCCCCGAAAAGGGCGCUGAAAAUCUUCCUGGAGAACAGAACACACGGGCCGGAGGACCUGAGGUGGUUUGAUGAGCAGAACAUUCGUCAUUAUGCGAGGCUUAACAUGCGGAUCGGCAACUUCACAAAUGACAAGCAAAUUGGCGAAUUCAUUGAAUUCUUUCGGGUGCUACGAGAAGAACAACUGAAAAUUCAGACAAUCGGUUUCCAUAUGCUUGGUUUCCUGAUCGACACCUACCACAAAUCUGAUGCAACAAGGGACCUAAUGCGAGAACACAUUCAACGCUACAUCAAGGAAAUGAACCUGGACGCCGUAAUGUUCCAGACUUCGCAGACAUACAGGCUGCUAAGAACGGUCCCAGAGCUAGAAGGUGUUGUCUGCUAUCCGAGAGGGCCAGCAAUGUGGACCGAUCUUGGGGAAUUUUGGGAUCAAACGACUUUCGUUUACACCUUGGAGUUCAUGAAGUCCCUACGGCUGCCCCACAACCUGCGAGUGCUACUAGCUUUCUCAAGCGCUGCCUACAAUAAUGUUUACAGACCCCCAACGUGGAAGGACGAUAUCAAUAUCUACCCGAACCGGAAGUGUAGCACGAGCAAUAUAUUGCGCAAUGCUUACGAAUGGAAUAGAAGGAAAUGUCUUGAGCAUAAGCACAUCAAAAAAGGAAUAGAGAACUCGAGCAUGACAUACUAUUAUAUGUACUUUACGAUACAGACGACCGAAAUAGUUAUGCUGGACACCAACGAGACAAUCGAGAUGAAGAUAUGCAACGCACAACGACAAUACAGCUACGACGGGGGAUACGUCCUCUUCGAAAUUGAGCGCGGCGACGUCGAAAACUUAUGUGGUGACACCAAUUUUACGGACGGCUUCGCAGACGCGCAUUACAUCAAGAAGUUUAUGCACAGGUCAUUUAAGGACUGCAGUGUGCUUUGAAGAUUUCGCCAAGUUCGUCUUGAAGAUUUGUGACUGCUCUCACAUGAGACCGUGCUUGUGGUACCAUCAACAAUAAAAGACAGAGUAUACAU